AACAGAGAGAAAGGAAACAGAGAGAUGGGAAACAGAGUAAAUGGCAUUCAUUAAUUGAUUUCAGUAAGAAAAAGACACGCCCCCGUAUAUUUGGAUACUGUUUACAAUCAUUUACGCGGUCAUUAUCAAUUAAUUUUUCUUUUCUUUCCAUGUUUAUUUGGUGUUAUUUUCUUCGUUUCAUUGAUUGUUUUAGAUUUUCUUUCCUUUGGUAAAUAAACAAAAUACGUUGAAAUUGAAUUCCUAUUUUUUUGCAUCACAAUCUUCUAAAGUGCCCUGAUUUUUAGUAGAUUCAAUUUCUCCUCGCCCUUUAAAGAGCUAGACGAUGUCCUCGAGAAAAAAAAAAACAGAGGUGGAAGAGAGAAAGAAACAGAGUAUAUAUGUCGUCAGGAUUUGGUGAAGUGAUCAUUGGUGCUUCAAGGAAGCUCUGCAACUCUUUUUCAUUCUCUGCUUAUCAAACUCUGCUUCUUCAGCAGCACCGUUUCCAUGCAAUCUCUUUCUCUUCAACGGCCUUCAAGCACGAAAUUUGAGUCGAAUGAAGAACCCUGACAAGGAAAACAUGGAGCCAAGUUUGAAUUUGCCGAAGAAGCUUCGAAUUGUAUACAAUGAUCCAGAUGUUACAGAUUCAUCGAGUGAUGAAGAAGAGAUUAAACUGAAGAAUAAAAUUUUGGGUACUAAGCGUGUUGUCAAGGAGAUUUCACAUUCAGCUGUGCCAUGCGAAUUUACAAAAGAAGAUGAUGUUUCUGAAUCUAAAAGAGCUCGAAAGUUUUCUUCUAUGUCCAAGGGUGUUCGGAGAAGGCCUUGGGGCAAAUUCGCUUCAGAAAUCAGAGAUCCUUUCAGAAAGAAGCGGCUAUGGCUUGGUACUUACACUACUGAAGAGGAAGCUGCUGCUGUUUAUCAGACAAAGAAACGCGAGUUUGAAGUUAUGAUGGCAGCUGAACAGGAGAAUAACAACUCGUUCACAGUUAAAUCUGAAGAUACUAAUUACUCGCAACUGUCUCCUUCCUCCGUGCUUGAUGAUGUUUCAGUCAAUCCAGUCACGAAAGAACACGUGGUGAAGAAAGUGGUAAAAGAAUACAAAAUUUUUCAAGAAUACAAAACUGUCGAACAAUCGGCAUCCAUUAAAGAUGUCUCUGCCGAUUUAUGGAAAGAUGAGGCUUCUGUUAUGGAUUUGUGGGAACUUCCAUCUGACUCAUGGGAGGAGACCUUCAAGCCGGUAUCGGCUAAAGAUUUAUGGAAAGAUGAGGCUUCCGUUGCAAAUUUGUGGGAACCUCCAUCAGACUCAUGGAAGAAGACGUUCGAACCGGCAUCGAUUAAAGAUUUAUGUAAAGAUGAGGCUUUCGUUAUGAAUUUGUGCGAACCUCCAUCAGAGACAUUCGAGCCGGCAUCAGUGAAAGAUUUAUGGAAAGAUGAGAAUUCGGUUAAGGAUUUGUGGGAACCUCCAUCAGCUUCUGAGUCAUGGAAUGAGCUUUUCGAGUCGGGUGCUGUUGAAAAUUAUAUGAAUCUUUGCUCAUCUGUCCUUGAGAGUUACAUGAAUUUUUGGUUGAAUGAUAAUGCUGCCAAUUAUCAGCAACCCCUGGUAGAGAAUGCCAAGGAUAAGUUUAUUAACCCGCCUGACAUUGCCUUAGAUAAUAAAAAUAUGGCUUGGCUGGAUGAAAUUGUUCUUCAAGCUUGAGCUUGUCUUACAGCAGGGGAGAGUUUUGGUUUGCCUCUAUGUUGUUAGGAGACAUCCAAAGUUUUGUUACUCUCCUGCUGCGGCUUCUGUAUCUGUAUUCUUGCAUAUGUAAUUUCUAUAGCACAAGGGCUAUUGGAAAUUAUAUGUGCAAUUUUGUAUUGAGUUUAAUUUUGAUUA